ACACUAGUUGCUGGCGUAAUUCCGCGGAGAGGAGGUGGGCAUACGAGGCUACGCUCCGCUAGUUACGAACGCGAUUUCCAAACAAAAAAACUGACGUCGGAUUGAAAUUGUGUUAUAGUGGGUGUCGUGUGUGUGUGUGUGUGUGCGUUCCAAGAAAAAACUAUAGACGAACUGAUGAAAUGUUUGACAGCUUCGGAUCGCAGCGAUGACAGGAACGACGACUUGACUUGAUCGUUACGUAAUGGACAAAAUGAAGCAAUACGCCCAAUACAACCCCAACCUCCUCACCCUAAAAUGUGUCCUAUUUUUGUUCUUCGGGGCGUUGGGGGCCCUUCUGCCGUUCGUGCCUCUCCAAAUGACCGAUCUCGGACUAUCGAGAGACGAAGCCAUCAUCGUCUCGUCGGUGUCGCCGAUUAUAGCCCUUUUGGGACCUCUGGUGGCGGCUCCCCUGGCCGAUCGAUUGGCCGGAGGUUUUGGAGGUUCACCGAGGAGUAAAACUGGCCGCUACCUCACCGUCAUGAUUUCGACAUGUUGCCUCUUGUCGACGAUAUUUUACUGGCUUUUAAUUACCAUACCACCCAUCGUUCGGAGUCCUCCGAGCGUUUCGUUCAUGUGCCACGAGAAUGGAGGAUUUAUCCUGCAGGACCGUUGCGGCGCCGAAAGGACCUGCUACGAUUGGGUGCAAGGGUUUUUUGUGCAGCAACGCGGCGCGGUGAUGGUCAAAAAUUGUAUAUUCGACUGCAACGCCACGUCCUCUUACAGGGGACAAGUGUCCACUCCGCCGCCGAUAGAGGACACCAGUUCCGCAGGGGAGUACAACGAUUACGUCUACGAUAUUGUUAGUGGAGGACUGAACGAACCCGAAAUACCGGGCUCGGCCAACACGGGCGACAAUAUCUCCGGCAUGCUGCAGCCUUACCCCCACAUGUGCUACGCGAACGCCAGCGGCGGCACCGUGUGCGAAGUGUACACGGAAGAUUCCCUCCCGAUCAGGUUUACCCUGGGGCUCCGCCCCUCCGUCGAUCACUUAUUUAACGACUACGACGCGGAGAAUACCACCGAAUUGCGAGACAGCUUGGACAACAACACCGACGACACUUGCAAAUACCCAUUCGACGAUCAGUUCGGCUGCAGAAUACCUGCGAGCGUGGCCGACGAGUUAAAGAAGGGCAACGAAGACUGCCGUCCUAUGGUGGUGUGCGAGAUACACGACCCUUACAACAACACCGACUCGCUCCUGAGACGAUCGCAAUGCGGAUUCGACAAUAUCGGUUUCUGGCUGUACCUGACGUUCAAAUCGUUGGGCGAUCUGUUCGUGGCGGCUGCGGUCGCCCUUCUGGGCACCGCCGUCGUCAUAGCGACGAGAGAGACAUCUACCGGUCGAGGAGAUAUCGGCAAGCAGUUCGCCGUUGGUGCGCUGGGUUUGGGUAUAUUCGCGCCCAUAGUCGGGGGCGUUUUCGGCGGACGCUUCUUCGAAGCCAUCGUAUUCUUCACGGUUCUCCUGGUGCUGGCGGUGCUGAUACUGUUAGUCGACAGACGUAUGCCCCUGAGCCCACCCGAAUGGUGGUGGCACACCAGGUGCGGACUGCUCGCCCUGCCGAUGUCUUCCGUCAGGAAAUACGGCCCGGAAACGGCCGCAUUGGCGGUCGUUUUGCUGCUGCUAGGGGUAUUUUGGAACGCCAUUGACUCGUUUUUACCGUGGCACGUGGUAAAGCUCACGAGUGGUGCUAUCAACAGCGACAGCGAAGGACCACUAAUCGUCGGUCUCACGAUUUCCGUGGGUGCUCUUCCGGCUGUGAUAUUCUUGUUCUUCGCCGAGACUAUAGUCGAUUACUGCGGACAUUCCAAUGUACUGAUAUUCUGCUUCGUCAAUUAUAUAUGCCACCACUUGGCUCUGAUGAGUAUCGAUGAGAAUGCGAGACUACUGUUCCUCUGCGAAGCGUUGGAGGUAUUCACUUUGCACAUGAUGUACGUCACGGCGGUUCUCUACUUGCGCCACCUGGUGCCCAGGAAACUAACCGCUUGCGGGCAAGCCCUGCCGGUGAUCGCACACUUCUGUUUCGGUCGUUGCAUCGGCGCUCUGUUGGGGGCUAUAGCUUACUCGGAAGACGCUUCUAAUUUCAUCUGCGCCCAUCAGUGGUUCGCGGUGGCGGCGACAGUAGUGGCCUUCGCAUAUUUCGUGGUUUACCACUUUUAUUUGAAAACAAAAUGCGGAGCUCCGGUCCAUCUUCCUCCAGAUCCGGCCCCAGCCAUUAUUCAAAGCAUGAACGGCAACGGAUCUUACACCCCACUGCGAGUGUAUCACAACAGCAAGUCGAAAAAAGGACACUUUAGAUAUUAAGUAUAGUUCUAAAGCCACCACAUCACCACGAAAUCAGAUUUUUGUAAAUAUUUUUAUAUAUUGCAAGUGUGCAGCUUUAUCGGUAAUAUUGCGUUAAGGCUUGUUUAUUUUUCGAAAGUAACAGUUUUGUCUUGUUGUAUAUUUUUAUAACCGAAUGUUUUGUUUAAAUGCUCAUAUUUAAAUAACUAGGUACUUAGGUUACAAAAUUACAAACACUUAGGAAACACUGCCUCUUUAAUUUUUUAAUAUUUUGAUAUGACGCA